CGCGCCCAUGGCCGCGCUGGGACCCCGCGCCUUAUGGGCUGCGCUUUGCGGCGGCUGCUGCUGCCUCCUCCUGUGCGCCCAGCUCGCGGUGGCUGGCAAAGGAGCUCGAGGCUUUGGGCGGGGAGCCCUGCUCCGAGUGAACAUCUGGCCAGCUGCCCAGGGGGCCUGCAAACAUCUGAAACUCUGUGAGCAUUGUGUGGAGGGGGACAGAGCACGCAAUCUCACUGGCUGUGUGUGGGAGCAAUGUCAGCCAGAUGAGCCAGGACACUGUGUGACCCAGGCAGAGGUGGCCAAGGAAGGUUGCUCUGUCUACAACCACUCCGAGUCCUGUCCAGCUGCCCACCACCAUCCCACACAUGGACCCAAGGCGGCCACAACUGGCGGCCCCCUAGUUCCUGAGGCUCACAGCCCUGGUUUUGACGGGGCCAGCUUCACUGGGGGGGCCGUGCUGGUGCUGAGCCUGCAGGCAGUGGCCUUCUUCGCGCUGCGCUUCCUCAGGGCUAAGGACAGCACCUACCAGACCCUGGAGGAGACCCAGUAGGUGACAGCCCAGGCGAGCCCCCGGCCUGCAGCCGUGGGCUGUGGGCCGUGGGCCGGAGCUUGGGCCGUGUGUGCAGUUUGGUUUCCUCCGGGCAGGGGAGCUGCUCUGAGCUCCGCGUGCUGUGUGUGCUGGGGGCGGGCGGCACAGCCUUGGCCAAGUGUUUGCUCUUCUAGCCACUGCCUGCUGGCUGGGGUUCUAGGCCUGCCCGAGGGGGCCACGCCCUGAGCGCCCUCUUUGUCUGGCCUCUGCAGAAUCUGACCCGCUUUGGGCCUGGAUUCCACACUGAGGGGAAGGAGGAUGAAGAGGCUGCCUCUUGGCUCCCUUGUGGGCACUGGGGGUGGGAAAACCUUUGGCUACCAAGUUUUGGCCUCCGUGGGCACCAAGCAGUCUCAGCACCCCAUACCUGACCUCCCCUCCCAGCUUGGGCCUGGUACCUGCAGCUGAGCACACCCCUCGACCGCCUCUAGGCUCACCUGUCACCCCUGAGGCUCCCUGCAGCUGUUGGGCGCUGUUCCCACCUCUUCCCCCCUGGGCUGGGCACCGUCCCCAAAUAAAGGAGCUCUU